GUCCCUAUAAUAGAAAAACACCCUGAAUCCUGCACAGUUCAACUAGGAAGAGAUUGUAAACUGUUCUGUCAUGUUACUGGCAAGAAUCUCAAGUACCGCUGGUAUAGACGAUCUAGAUGCCUCGAGGGAGAAGUAAGUUAAUUGUUCAUUUGUAAUCAUCCAGCGAGUGGAGCCUCAUUUUAUCUUCUUGGUGAGGAGAAGAAAACACUCUCCCUGAUUCGCGUCAAGACUUUGAAGUCGCCACAGCCCGAACCUCUGGUGGACUAGUCAAUCUUAUUUCCCCUCGUCAAACUGGUUUUUCGAGCGAGAGCAUCCGUUGAUUGAUUACCGAGGCCUAUGUUCCAAGCGCACGGCUAUUAGGCCUGGGUUGGAACCUGUAUCCUGGCGAAAUGCAGCGCAUGCUCAACAAAGAUCUUAAUCGAUUCAUGAAGUCUUAAAAGCAAAAAUAAAGGGUGCGUUCCUUUGAGAUGAUCCGGAUCCGAGAUCACUCAGAUCGAGAGGUAUCAAAGGAACCAAUGAAUACACUCAAGGAAAGUUCAAGGAUCGGUUCCUUAGGUGUACCAUGAUCCGAGAUCACUGAUCCUGUUCUGGAUCAUCUCAAACGAACGCACCCUGAGCCUCUGCUUGUAGGACGAUUUCAAAUCAGUAUUUGUCUAAAGCGACCUUGACAAAAAAUGUUGUUAACACAAUAAAAAGGAAUGGGAAAGGAAGAGAACGCUGAGAAACGAAAGACAUUUUAUUGGUUAGGUGUAUUUGCUUAUCUUCGUUACCUAAAAAUGUUUUAUUCAAGCGAAUAUAGGUUGACGAAUUCCCUUACGUUUGUCUUAUCAGGUGUCUCCAGUACUCCAUAUAAGAAAGGCGGCCAUGAACGACGCCGGGCAGUAUUCAUGCAUUAUUUCCAAUGACAAGGAGUCUGUAAUCACGUGGGCAACCGUUGACGUCAUAUCAGUUAUUUCAUCUCCCAAAGUGAGAUAG